AUGCAAGGUUCACUCAAUUCUGAUUUGACAGUUGAAGGAGUUGGGCAAGCAGUAUCAUUAGGUAAAGAGCUGAAUAAACACUAUUUUGAUCAUAUUUACUCAAGUACAAGUCCUAGAGCUCUGGAAACUUCUCGACUAAUAUUUGGUGAUGAAAAGAAAACUUCAUCAGAUUUGCUAGGUGAAAUCGCUAUGGGCGCGUGGGAAGGAAAAACUUAUCAAGAAAUUGAAAAACUCGCCCCUCUAGAAUGGAAUAAUUUCUUCAAUCACCCCUUUAAUUACUUUCCAUCUAAAGAUGGUGAAUCAUUUGCUCAACUUGAAGCCAGACUAAAAGUUUUUAUCAAAGAAGAAGGACUUAGGGAGCGUUCAGGCAAAAUCGCAAUCGUUUCUCAUCGAAUAACGAUUAGAAUGCUGAUUUCUCUCUUAUUAAACAAUAAAGAACUCUAUGGCGAGAUGGAUCUUAGCUCGACAUCAUUGAGUAUCAUCGAAAUAGAAAAUAAAAAUGCAAAAUUAAAGCUCUUAAACUCUACGGCUAGCAAGUUAGCCAAAGAAGCCACCAGUGUUCCUAAACCACCGAUUGUCACUCCCAAGUAUAAAGGAGAAAGUUGCCCGGUAAAUUUUGAUAAUAAGACCGCAGCAGGAACAUUGCUGAUGACCUGA